AUGUCAGGCGGAUACGCGAUCGUCGACGUCGACGAGGACGAGUCCUCAGGCAACCUCCAAUUCAAGAGCUUCCUCGAACCCGCCCCGGCCGCAAGUGGCAGUGCAUCCCCAAACCCAGAGCGACGCGAGUAUGUCGUCCCCUACUCGCCCUUCAACAUCGCAUACUACCAGGUGUACUUUGACGUGGACACGACGACGGUGUUGCGGCGCGUGGCGCGAGCCCUCGUCCCCCAAGGCGGCUUCAUCGCCGACGCUUGUGACGGCCAGGUCGACCUAUAUGGCCCAUUCUGGACGCUCACGACCCUCAUUCUCAUCCUCUACACGACAAGUACCCUCACAUCCUCGCUGCAGGCGUACCACGCCGGAGAGUCGGUCGUCGCCAACAUCCCUCUCCUCAGCACCGCCACAACACUCAUCUACGUGUAUGGGCUGGGUGUGCCCGCCGCCCUGUGGGCUGGCACGCGGUGGCUCGGCGUCGCAGAGUGGGGGCCGGCAGAGGCCCUCGGUAUCUACGGGUACGCCAUGGCCGCGUAUGUCCCCGUGUCGCUUCUCUGCCUAAUCCCUUACACCAUCGCGCGGUGGGUGUUCGUUGGGCUCGGCGCGGCUGCGUCAGGCUUCUUCCUCAUCACCAACAUCUACCCCAUCUUCAGCCCAGAACAUAAGUGGGCGCGCCUCCUGGUCAUCGCUGUCGGGGCGUUGCACGCCGGUGUCGCACUAGCUAUGAAGAUACUCUUCUACAGCUACGCUGUGGCAGGGAAGGUUGACGACGUCGACGUCGGCGGCGACACUCCAGCAGAGCGCAUGAUUCGCGCGCUCCUCCCAUAA